GUGUUGCUGCCCCUAGUCACGUGGCACGGGGCGGAAGUCGCGUCUUUUCCGGUGCCGCUGGUUGGAGCCGUCGCUGCCGCAGCUGCCCCUGCCCGGGAUGUAGCGGCCGUUUGAAUUUCCAAGGAAGCAGAGGUGACCUGCUGCAAAGUCUCAGCCUUUACGCAGGUUGAAGUUCAUCGGGAUUUGUUUGUUGACCAGAUGUCAUCCCGGAAAGCAUCAGCAACUAACCAAGGAAAUGGACUCUCCAACAGUAACCGUGAAAGAGGCCAUCUGGAGCUGGCUGAGCUGGGACCACUGCUGGAAGAGAAAGGGGACCAGGGACCUUCCAGUUCAGCCAAUGCCGAUGACCCGCCAUGCACGGUGACCCAAGAAGAAGAAGAAGAGGAAGUUCGUGUGCUAACUCUGCCUCUACAGGCUCAUCAUGCCAUGGAAAAGAUGGAGGAGUUUGUAUAUAAGGUGUGGGAAGGGCGCUGGAGGGUGAUUCCCUAUGAUGUGCUCCCAGACUGGCUGAAGGAUAAUGAUUACCUCCUGCAUGGACACAGACCCCCCAUGCCGUCCUUCAGAGCCUGCUUCAAGAGCAUCUUUCGAAUACACACAGAGACGGGCAACAUCUGGACGCACUUACUAGGGUUUGUGUUGUUCCUCUUCCUGGGGAUUCUGACCAUGCUCAGGCCCAACAUGUACUUCAUGGCCCCUCUGCAGGAGAAAGUGGUGUUUGGAAUGUUCUUCCUUGGAGCAGUGCUAUGCCUCAGCUUCUCCUGGCUUUUCCACACUGUCUACUGUCAUUCAGAGAAGGUUUCCCGGACGUUUUCAAAAUUGGAUUAUUCCGGAAUAGCACUGCUGAUCAUGGGUAGUUUUGUCCCAUGGUUAUAUUAUUCAUUCUACUGCUCACCGCAGCCUCGACUCAUCUACCUCUCCAUUGUCUGUGUCCUUGGCAUUUCCGCAAUCAUUGUUGCCCAGUGGGACCGGUUUGCAACGCCCAAACACAGGCAGACAAGAGCAGGAGUGUUUUUGGGGCUGGGGCUCAGUGGCGUUGUGCCUACCAUGCACUUCACCAUAGCAGAAGGGUUUGUAAAAGCAACCACCGUGGGCCAGAUGGGCUGGUUCUUCCUCAUGGCCGUGAUGUACAUCACUGGAGCAGGGCUGUAUGCUGCCCGCAUUCCAGAGCGCUUCUUUCCUGGCAAAUUUGACAUCUGGUUCCAGUCGCACCAGAUCUUCCAUGUGCUCGUGGUGGCUGCUGCCUUUGUCCACUUCUAUGGGGUCUCAAACUUGCAAGAAUUUCGCUACGGACUUGAAGGGGGAUGUACAGACGACUCUCUCCUGUGAGAGCGUCUAAUGAUUUUAGUACAAGCUUCCUAAGUGCUUUUUAAACUACGUCUUUGCUAAAAUCAAAGGAAGACUCUAAACCGUUUGGAGUUUUUUAAAAAGAAAAAUUCAUUAGCAACAUCCGUAAUGACCAAGUCUUUGCAUACCCUCCGAAUGAUUUGUUGGGAUUGCCAGUGGUGUCCAGUGGGAAGAAACAAGCUCGACCAUUAGUCAUCCCUUCUGGAGGAAAAAGAGAAACCAUCUUCUCCAGACAGUGUUUUAACCACAUUAGGAUUUUUCUUACCUUUUCAGGAAUUUUUAUUUCUGGAAGCAAAGGGUGCAGAUAACCUGUUCCCUAUCUUAGCAAAGUAGCCUCAUUUUUAGACCACUUCUGGAGAGACUAAAGUCAUGUGUUAUCAGUUCAAGUUCUGGAUAUUCUGCGUAUCCAUAGCAGCAGAGCUGCCUUGGCGAUUGUCUGGAAGCCCAUAAUGCUAAUGCCUGGCAAUGGUGUACACAGAUUCAUGUAACUUAAGUUUUAAUUGUCUUUUUCUUGAUAAAGCAAUGUAAACUUAAAUGAGAGAAUAUUUAAUAUUUAAUACUAAGCUUUAAAGAGACUUGCUGCCACUUCAGUGUACCUGGCUCCAGGGCCAUCUGUGGUAGUAAAGGAAGGACAGUAUUUUAGGGGAAUGUAGAGCUGCUGUAGCCCAUUGAAAUAAAAAGGUCAAUAGUUAUUGUCUUGC